CGAGCGAACCUGUGCGCAGUACCUGAACGUUGGUAUCGCAGCCUGGGCCGAGGACGCGUCCUACGACAACGGCAACCUCAGCAAAAGUGCAUCCGUCGCCGCGUCAAGCCCGCUCUCCGACGUCUGCGUCGCGACGACGCCGUUUUCGCCGGCGGGACCUUUUCAAGAAUCGCGUCCCGCUCGCUCCCCGGUCCAUCUCGCGACGGACGGUCGUUCACGACGCGUCGUCAUCGUCAUCGCGGGAGUGUGUGCACACCGUCCGCACAUACACACGGUGUUGCGAUGCCCGCGGCAUCCCGUUAACGGUAGCCGCUGCGCUGUCCGUUCCGGCUGUGAGUGCCGCCGAUUCUCCGUCGCUGUGCUGAGAGAGAGAGAGAGAGAGAUCGACGCCCGGCCUCGCCUCGUCUCGCCUAAUCGAGCCGAUCAUUAUGCCCGCGCCGAUCCGCGCGCGCCUGUUGCUAUCCCGCUACGCGAACGAUCUCCAGGCAAGAGAUACCUCUGUUCGCUGCGGGACGAAGAUGCAACGAAGUCAGUUGAGGGACAUCUCAUCCUGGAUGACGCGCCUAUUCCCGGAGCCUGGAGACGGUAGCAGUCUGAUUGACGGGUUCAAAAUGUUCGGCUCGAAGAACAGCUCGCCCACCAGCACGUUUUACACCGAUCUCGAGAUUGCGGGGGAGGACAAACAGGAGUUCCACAAGGACGAACAUUCCAAGGCACCGUGCUUGUCGGAGCAGCAGAGCGCGACCAGCGAGGAUGGGAACUCGCAGGACUCGGACACGGCAACAGGUGCCGAUGAACAACAGUAUGUCAGACAUUCCUUCCACAGGAUCGCCAGUUUCGGCGGCUUCCCGAGAUUUCAGCCGUUCGUCAUGUCCGCUUCCACGCCGGCCGAGUGCAUCGAUAUCACGAGGCACGAGGAAACCUCAACUGAAACGUCCUACAUUAAGAUGUCACAUAGCGUCCUAGAAUACAGAAGCAGCAGGUACGUGGCCUCAGAAAGGAGGUCUCACCAGUAUACUUUAGAUACGUACGCGGUAAGCGAAUCCGAGAGUGAAGAGGAGUCGGAGGAAACGAGGUCUUCGGAAACGGACUCCGCGAUAGUAGCGGAUCACACAGACGACAUAUCGAUAUCGGAACCCAAACUGCUCCCGAAGAAGAGCUCCCUAGAUUCGAAGAGGAAGAAGGCGCUGCACGUGGCGCAGGAGUUGCUCGCGACCGAGAAGAAUUACGUGAACAUUCUGCACCUGAUCGACCAGGUGUUUCAAUUCAGAGUCGAUCAGGAGAACAGAGCGCACCCGAUGUUCCCUCCAGAGACUGUCCAGCAAAUGUUUUCCAAUAUCAAGUCUAUUUAUAAGUUCCAUAACGACUUCCUGUUGCCGCAGUUCGAGAAGAGGAUGCAAUGCUGGGACUCGAAUCCGAGAAUCGGCGAUAUUAUGAAAAAUUUCGCGCCGUUCCUUAAGAUGUAUACAGAAUACGUGAAGAAUUUCGAUUAUGCUAUGAAUCUAAUAAACUCACUGCAGAGUAAAGUGUCCAGAUUUGCGGCAAUUAUUAAUGAAAUUCAGAAGCUCGAAGAGUGCGCGAAAUUGUCGCUACCUCAUCAUAUGUUGAGUCCGAUACAGAGGCUACCGAGGUACGAGCUACUUCUCAAGGACUACUUACGAAAUCUCACUGAAGAUAAUCCUGAUUACGAAGAUACGAAAAAGGCUCUUGAAUUAGUGUCCACCGCUGCGAAUCAUACAAACGAAGCGAUGAAGAAAAUCGAUAAAUUUAAGAAACUUUUAGAGAUCCAGGAAAGUAUAUAUGACGCGACUGAUUUGGUCAGCGCGACUCGUGAAUUAGUGAAAGAAGGACGUAUAGUGAAAAUUUCUGCGCGCAGUGGUGAUCAUCAGGAGAGACAUUUGUUUUUGUUUAGUGAUUUAUUGUUACUCUGCUCAAUAAGACUGAUACCCGGACCUUUGUACCGAUUACGAGCCAAAUUUAUGGUGGAAAAUUUGCAAGUAGUUGAAGGGGACAAUCUAGAAACUGCAAAUACUUUUUAUAUAAGGGACGAAAACAAAAGUGUCGAAUUGUACACGCAGUCCGCCGCGGAGAAAGCGGCAUGGCUGGACGCGUUGUUCCAGACGAUGCAGGAGAUUAUGAGACGCAAGGCCAGCCUGAAGACUGGCAGUGUUAAGACUUCCUUAGUUAAGGCUGAUGACGUAACUAGGUGCAUGGUUUGCGAAGUUAUCUUCUCUGUGAUGAAACGAAAACACAAUUGCCGGGCUUGUGGAAUAGUGGUUUGUAGUAAAUGCUCAAAUCAGAAGUUAUUAUUUGAAGACAAUAAAAAUAUGAGAGUAUGCAGAUUAUGUCAUGCCGCGCUCACUCAGCCACUCGCCAAAUCACCGUCAUCGCCUUCUGGACCGGUGCCAAGUUUGCUGCAGGUUUCAGCGAGCGCGCCUUCAGUAUUAUCCGGCUAUUUGCUGUUGAAAACGCAGGCUAGUAAACCGUGGACCAGACGAUGGUUCGCACUACACGUCGACUUCGUUUUGUAUUCGUUCAAGUCGGAGUCAGAAAGCAUGGCCAUGACGGCGACACCUAUGCCGGGCUUCAUGGUCACCGAAGGUACAAACCUGCCCGAUGAGGAUCCCCUGAACACGAAGGAUCGAAUUAGAGCCUUCAAAAUGCACCAUUCUAGGAAAUACUAUUAUCUUCAAGCAUCUUCUCAAGAGGACAAAGAGAAGUGGAUGCACGCGUUGGAGUUGGCUACGAAAGCUGAACUACCUCAUUUUACCCAGACGGAGGACGAAAGCGCACAGGAAAGUCAAUCGAUGAACGAUGUACAAUGAACGUUUGUACCUUUUUAUCUACCAAACUAGCCAAUUUUUUUACUAUCGUAUUCGUAAGCGAGAGGAGAACACGGCAAUGUAAGAUAAUCGUUAGUAGUUAAUUAGCUAUAUUUAAAAUGACGUUAACUUAUGUUAUAUAUAUAUCUUGUUAUUAGUGUACACUACAAGAAAUCGAGUCAAUAGCGGCCGCUGCCGAAACGCUUGUUGUUUUGUAUAAUGUUCUGUUAUAGUAUAUUUAUAAAUAUAUAUGUCGUUCGAUCACGAUACGCUGUGCUGUCCGUAAUUUUGCAAUGAAGUCAAUAGGACGAUGCUUGAGGAAUCAAUUACUCGCUUCAAUGAUAAUGCGUUAUCUAAGCUACGAUAAAAUUGAUUUUAUCGAACGAGCAAUGAAUUCUACAAUCUUAUCAAUAAAUUUAUUUGAUCGUA